AUCACAGCCCCAUGGAAGACCUCAAAGGGUUUGCUGUGGAACCACUAGAAGAUUUUGCCCAGUUUAUGCCAAGUGCCCAGCACCAGCCUACCUUGGGGAGCUCCAGAUUCUCCAUCACCCACUGCCUCUCUCCAAGCACCAUGCUGGGGUGCUACCCCGGAACAUUCCCCAACUCCGCAGACCUGCCCGCUUACCCUCAAGAGAAUUUCAGGACUGGGGUAGCCCACGGAGAGUGGUACACUACGGGCACUCCAGAUGGGCCCUACCCUUCAAUCUCCAGGUAUGUGGGGGCAUCGGGGUUCAACGUGCCUGGAGGCGACUGCCUGGGCUACAUUGGAGAGAUGAUCAAAUCACCACCAUUCCUCACCGGGAACCCCACCAAACGGAAGCGUCGCGUGCUGUUUUCCCAGGCCCAGGUCCAUGAGUUGGAGAAGAGGUUCGAGCUGCAGAAAUACCUCACCGCCCCGGAGCGUGAACACUUGGCUGCCAUCACCUGCCUCACCCCAAAUCAGGUGAAGAUCUGGUUCCAGAACCACCGCUACAAGAUGAAGAAGCAAACCAAGCAACAGGACUGCAAGGCCGACCCGGGGCAGGAAGCUCACCAAGGUUGUGACACCAUUGCGGCUUCUCACCAAGGCAGCUACGGUUUUGCCGGGUCUCCGAUAGAGGAGAACCUGGCCAGUCAGAGCUUAUCCUCCAGCCCUAGCUCCAGCGCUGACUCUCAGCCUGGCAUAAAAGUUGCUGAAAGCAGUCUUGCAUUUGGAAAGCCGUGGUAG